AUGACCCGGUCGCACGCGGCGCGGGUGCACGCGGCGGUGGCGGUGGCGGGCGUGGCGAGUGCGGUGGCGGCAGUUACGGCCGCCACGGCCGCCAACGCCGCCGACGAGGCCGCCACCAAGACCAGCAUCGCCGUCGCAGCAGCAGCCGCGCUCAUCGCAGCGCAGUGCGUCGAGGUGGCGGAGGGCCUCGGCGCCAACAAGGAGGACCUCAGUGCUGUCGUCAGCAGCGCGGUGAACGUCAAGUCCGCGGGGGACAUCGUGACCGCCACCGCACAGGCGGCCACAGCUCUGCGCGCCUCUGCUACGCUGCGCGCGCGGCAGCCCCCUAGCCGGGCGUCGUCGUCCCGGGUGGUGCCCACCGGGAGCAACCUCUCGCGGGGACACGGCUCCGCCGCCCAGCUGUCAGGUACGGACACCGGAGACGAGGGACAGACCAGCCACGGGUCCGCCUGGAAGGGCAGGCUCCGCAUCCGGCCUUCUCUGGCUCGCUAG